AAACCUGCGCAGCUAUUCUUCUCCUACUCGACACUCGUCAAUCGAGUUCUCGUCUUCUCGACCUAAUCGAAUAAUCAAUAUAGACAUCGCCUAGCGUCUUGAAGCCUUGGAAGCUUGGAGCCUGUCGGCUGAAUCGACAUUGGAGGGUGGAGGGCCGGAGGCUGUCAAUCUUCUGAGUUCUCGACCUAUCGUUUUGCAGAAUGGAAACAACAGAAGAUACCAGAUUGAACUCUGAAAUAACAGAGAAAGUUGUCCAGAUUUUUUCACAUUUCAUGGAAAGGGUUGCCAAAUAUGAGGAGCAAGUAGUUGCAGGGAAUAGAUUUCUGGAUACCUUUCGUCAAGCUCUUGAUUUCAUUCGAAGAUCCUCCAUUGACAACACAUCACAACUCUUUGAAAACGUCAUUAAAGCUAACAACACUGAUAGAAUGCAAUCUUACAUUAAAGCUGGAUAUACACACGCUUCUGAUAGAGCUGAAAAUCUCAACAAGUUGCAUAAAAGCCAUAUCCAAUUGUUGGAUAUUGCAAAUAAAGAAAAUAAUAUUAUCAAAGAACUUGAAUCCCUUGUUGAGGAUUUAAAUCUAGCAAUAGAAUCUGCAAAUGAAACCUUACCACAAGAUCUUACUCCUGAUUUGGAUGAUAUAUUCAAUGAGGAGCAAAAAGUGUCAUUUGUCCCUGAGAAAUCUAAGGUUAUUGAUUAUGCAACCAUGGUAGCUUUGGUAUAUAGCAUGGUGAAAAAGGAUUACCUUAUGCAGGAAAAGAUUGUUUCUUCACUUAAUCUAAAGACAUCAUCAGGAGAACUAGAGACAUAUUGUUUGAUGUGGUCAUUACGCCCUUUUGUGAAUGAUGAAAUUAUGCAAAAAGCUUGGAGACUAAUUCCAUAACUCGUUUUGAAUCAUUUCAAUUUCGCCGGAUAGUCACCGGAAAAAGCUGAUUAGGUGGUGGUGGCGGUGGUGCUACACCCAUUCGUGGCGGCAGAGCAGAGAAAACAGGAAUCGCGUUACGUAUAGUGACAGGUGGCGCGAUCCUACAAUGAGCCAUGAAGCGGCCCACAGGAACAUAUGGUGGUGCUUCAGCUGCAGGGAACUUGUGGGCCCGGGUUUUGGUAGUUUUAGGGUGUAUUAAAGGAAGGAUUUUUGAAGUUGUUGUAGAUGAUUGAGGUGAUUGUGUAGUAGCUAGUUUUGGUUUUGGUGUUGGAAACUUAAUUGGAAAGGGUAUAUUAGUCAUUUUUGCCUUUAACCUAAACUUCUGUAAAGCACGAGCUACUGUGACAUGUUCUUGCUCCUCAAUCUCAAUGUUACCCUUUUGUAAUGAAAAA